GUUCUUUGAUAUAUCUCAUAAAUCCAACAUGUUCUUCUUCAAAUCAAUCCCUCUGGGUCUCUUAGUGCUUUGCCUUUUACACCAUUCUGCAAUUGGUGCCUCCCCACUUUACCAUUUUUGUUUCAGCCCAGAAAACUACACUGCUGAUAGUCCAUACGGUGCCAACUUGAACUCAUUGUUCGAUCUUUUAUACACCAAAGUUCCUCCUACUGGCUUUGGCCUUGGUUCAACUGGCAAAGCUAAAAAUCAAGUGAAUGGCUUGGCCCUUUGCCGUGGUGAUGUCUCAAGCGAAGAUUGCAAAACUUGCGUGGUUGACGCAAGCAAAGAGCUUCGCGAGCGCUGCCCUUAUCGUAAAGGAGCCAUAAUUUGGUACGAUCACUGCCUUUUAAAGUACUCAGAUGCGAGCUUUUUCGGGCAAAUUGAUAGCAGGAACAGGUUCUAUAUGUGGAACGUCCAAGAAGUAGAGAAUGGGACACUAUUCAAUGAGAAAGUUAAAGAGUUGUUAAGUGGGUUAUCUAAUGAAGCUUCUGAAGCUAAUCAAAAGCUUUAUGCUACUGGUGAGGUACAACUCGAUACAUUCACAACCCUUUAUGGCAUUGCUCAAUGCACGAGGGACCUCUCUGGGGUUGAUUGUAAAAAGUGUCUUGACAGUGCAAUAAGUGAACUCCCAAACUGCUGCGAUGCAAAACGAGGUGGGCGUGUUGUAGGUGGGAGCUGUAAUGUUCGAUAUGAACUGUAUCCCAUUGUCAAUACUUAAGAGUAUAAUUAUUAUGUACAAUGUGAUCGACGUCUUGUUAUGCUUGCUAAUAAAUGAUGUUCAGAUGAUAUUUGAAUGUCUCUCUUGACAAAUUUAUCCAAGGAUAUGGAUCUGUGUGUACUGAUUGUGUUUGUGUUAUAAAAGAAAAGUAUUAUGGUA